AUGAACCAUCAAAUGCGUUGCAUUGCGUUGCCCUCUCAAAAGCACCCCGCACGUUGCCCCUCCCCUCUUCUUCUCGCAUCUCCUGGCAUCUCCUGGCAUCUCUCCCCCAGGGCGACCUUUGAGCGGCGCAUGGGGUGUGUGCUGGUGGACACGUCGUACCAGCCGUGCCCGCCCGCCGACUGGUACAUGGACGUGCGCCUGUGGUUCGACGCCUUCCACCCCUUCAACCGCACUGAGUCCGCCACGUAUUGCCUCGACGGCCGGCAACAUCCGACGUAUGGGGCGCAGCUGAUCCGCGCCAAGGAAGCUCCCGAGAAGAUGCUCACGGAGCCCACCGUGCUCACCAAUGGGCAUCCAGGCAUGGGCAUGAUGCUCCCGAUCUUCAAGGGCAACAUGACGGCAGCAUCGGCCUUGCGAGACAGGCAGGCAGCACUGAUGGGUGUGUUUGCAGCGAUGAUGGACUUCACCCGCCUGGCCGACUUCAUCGAUCUCGAAGUGCUCUUGCAAGGCAUGGAGUAUUCUUUAGAGAUGUAUGACGUCACGGCCACGGAUGUGCUCCCCGGCUCCUCCACCCCGCUGGGCCCGCGCCUGCUGUACGGAGCGGGUGACUUGCCUCAAGGCAACCCCAUGCACGUGAACAAGCUCAUUCCGCCCUCCAACGAAACCAUGCUGCAGCCACACCGCCACAAGGCGGUGCACCAAAUCAACCUCACCGACUCAUCAAGAACAUACCAGCUCUGCUUUCAGGGCUCGGACACAGCGCACAGCAUGACGGCCAUAUUCCUGGGCCUCAUCAUCCUCGUCGUGGCGGCGCUGCUGGCGGCCAUCGGCGUGAGCGUGACAGUGAACACGCGGCGGCUGCGCGAGAAGACGGAUGCGCUGGAGGCGCUCAAGGAGCAGGCGGAGGUGGCGGAGCGCAACAAGAGUGUGUUCGUCGCCAACACUGCUCAUGAGCUGCGCACGCCCAUCAAUGGCAUGGAAGGCCUGCUGAAGCACCUGGACGAGAGGGGGCUGGACGAGGAGCAGAGGGACGACAUGGGGUCGGUGGUGGAGCAGGCGGAGAAGAUCCUCAGCCUUGUCAACACCGUGCUGGACGUCUGCAAGGCUGAGGCCGGCCGCCUGCACCUCGAGAGCCUGCCGUUUGACCUGCGCUCGUGGCUGCGUGACGUGCUGCACCCACAUGUGCAGGCUGCUCGGGAGCGAGGCUUGACAUGUAAUCACCCUCCCUCUCUGCCCUCUCUCUCUCGCCCGUGUCUUGAUCACCUGUUUCUGCCGGUGCUUCUCUUCAUGCUUUUGAUUGAUUCUUCUUCUAAUAACCAUAAGUGCCUGAUUGUUCUGCUUGUGCAUGUGGGGGCCUAUGCAGUCACAUGGAAUGUGGAUGGCGAUGUGCCCAGUGUGGUGGUGGGCGACUACCUUCGCCUGCAGCAAGUGGUCAACAGAAUAGUCGGCGAGCAUGGGAUGGGAGUGGGAGAGCCGCUGAUCAGGACAACGUUUUGGGAGCACGUGGGGCAGAGAGGGCUGGUGCGGGCGGUGAUUGGCGCAUGCCAUGAGCGGAUGCCUUGGGUGCUUCUGCGCGGCCUCUCUGCGCAGUGCCUGGGGUGCUACUGGCUCAUGCCUCCGGUUCAGGAGGGGCGGCAGGAGCAGGAGGACAGCGAGGAGAGGGAGGGACGUGAGGAGAGGGAGGAGGGGGAGGAGAGGGUGAGCGUUCGGGAACAAAGUGCUGCGUAUAAUGAAAUCGGGGGAGAUGGGGGAGGCGAGAGGCCUGGAGGAGGCGAAGUGGGCAAUGCGGGGUGCAGGAGCAGCGGUGGUGGUGCACAGCAGCACAUGGUGGGAGUGGCAGGAGCACCGGUGAUCCCUCUCCGACCACGUGCUGCUGUGCAGGGAGCAACGAGGCAUGGUGACGAUGCUGCGAGUCAAGCAGCGACGACAGCUACAGGGGAUGAUGCUGUGGGCGCGUGGAGGAGAGCUGUGGAGAGGUGUUGGCGCGUGCGUGGCAGAGAGCAAGGCACGGAUGCUGCAGAGGGGGGAGGUGGCAGGCGGUGUGUGGUGGUGGUGACAUGUGAGGACACGGGGUGUGGCAUCGCAGAGGAGGAGCAGCACCAUGUGUUUCAGGCGUUCAUGCAGGCGAGUCGUGCGCUCGCGUUGAAGAUUCGGCGUGCGCCCCAUGGAUGGCAGGUGGCGCUCAUGGGGGGCAGCAUUGGGCUACUCAGCACAGAGAGCCACGGCACAGAGAGCCACGGCACAGAGAGCCACGGCACCACCCUGCAUGUCGCUCUGCCCAUGGCGGUUGCUGAUGCUACUGCUGCUGCAAGUGUGUGUGGCAACUCGGGUUCAGGCAGCGCCACCAUCUCUGCGCCGCAGGCUGCCUGUGCUGCUUUCUCCUCGUCUGGCGACGAAGCAGCUGUUCCACGGGCAGUGGAGACGAAGAGUGCGAGUGAUAGGCUCAAGGAGUUGCUGCAGGGCAAGGCGAUUCUGGUGGUGGACGACAACGCCAUCAACCGGCGGGUGGCAGCGAGCACACUCACACGGUACGGGGCGGAGGUGGCGCUGGCAGAGUCGGGUGAGGCGGCUCUGCGCCUUCUGCAGGCCUCGCGCCCCCCCCUGCACGCCUUCCGCCUCGUGCUCAUGGACCUUCAGAUGCCCGGCCUCGACGGCUACCAGACCACCGCCCGCCUUCGCGCCCUAGAAGCCACCGCUCACACGGGCCAGGAGGGGGUGCAGGGAGGACAGCGUGUUCAUGUGGUGGCCAUGACAGCAGAUGUGGACAGCACAGUGGUUGCGCGUGCCACAGAGGCUGGCAUGGAUGGUGCUGUGCAGAAACCACUCAACGAGAGGCUGCUGCUGCGGGUGCUCUCAACGCUAAAUGGUUUGUAA